AUGAUGGCCGACUCUCUUUCAAGCAGCCUUACGAGUCGCAUUCCACUAGAGGUAUUCAACGAGAUAUUUUCAUACCUCCCGCGAGAUGCACUCCUCGCAUUCAGGGCAUUGGAUCACCGCUUAGGCGCCAUCGCCACGGCCCACGCAUUCAGACACGUUCAUCUUGGUGCACAAGAGGACAAAGGCGAGCAUGAGCUUCUUAUAAACGUGGCUCAAUCUGAAAACCUUCGGCAUCUCGUUCGUGAGGUAACAUGCGAUACCUGGGUCGGUUCCAACUUCAGAUACGAUUCCAACGACCGCUACCCUCUGCCGUCGGAGUUUUUGAAUGCACUCCCUUAUCUACGGUUUUUCCGUAACCUCAGCGCGCUACACGUGGUUUUUAACCAAUUUUGCGGGCACACCUUUUCAGAUCCCUAUACAUCUGUCGAGGAGACUACCGAUUUCCGUUAUAGGGUCCUAGACACCGUGUUUCGGUCGGUGGCUGGAACAUGGUCUCCCGAACAGCAAGCAAACAUCGAUCAGACACUGGAGCUGAUGGACUUUGAGCCUGCGUACGAUCAAACUGUCCCGGGCGUUAGUGAUGAUGAAAUAGCCAGCCGCCAACCCCUAAAGGCCUUGACCAUCAGCAAUUUGGGUGACUACAACGACGAACGGCUCACCAAGUCCGACGCUUUCAAAUCAGUGCUCGAAUCAAAAGCGCUCAUCGAUCUGAAGUUGCAGAUCACCACGCAGGCAGACGAUUCUGCUCCGGAGAACGAGCUCUACCUCUGCGACAAAUAUGAUCUUUUCGCCGCUCUUCCCACAACCUGGCUAUCUCCGACUGUAGCAGGCAACCUGACUACCCUGUCCCUUUAUUGUCGCGACUACUGGGGUUGGAACCCCAAGAUGGACUUCCGCGCCGUUAGACCCGGAAUGGGAGUCGAUUCGGGUUUUCCCAGCCUCAGAGUCCUUGUCCUGGGGAGAUAUGUCUUCAGCCACGAAUGGCAGGUCGAUUGGAUUGCCUCACUGGGGCGCCGCAAUGGUCGCGGGGGGCUAGAGAAGCUUUAUCUCGACAACUGCCCCAUAAUGUACCACGCCCACCACCUGAAGCCCUUAGAUGAGAGUACAACGAUUAUUGGAAAAGAUGGAAACGGAGAUGACAUUGUUGUUUCCAACGAAGGUUACCACAGAAGGGAUCUACUUGCCCACCAACCACCGACCCAAAGGGGGGGUGCUAGAACCCAUGGCAAACGUUACUUUCCUCUCCAAUGGCACACCGUCCUGUCCCGAUGGAAUGAAUCUAUGAAUGGCCUGCGAGUGUUCAAAAUGGGAUGUGGCGCUCUCAUAUCAUCUUCGGUUCUCGGCGGACACUUCUUGCUAGAUCAUGGAGACCUUGAGAGAGGACACUGUACGAUACACCGCCAGGCAUUUCAAUAUUUCGACUGCUUCUCUCGAUACGAAGACAUUGACGACGAUAAGUAUGCCUCAGGUGUGGGACCCUCUCAAGACAGGAAUAGAAUUCUCCAAUACGCCUAUUUCGGUGGUAGCGACACGUGCCUAGUGGACAGGAAUCGGUCAAGAGACAAAAUCCCCGAGAGGGAAAACACCGAUUCUAAUGACGAACUUGCGUUGGAAGCCUUGUAUGCUACUGUAGAAGCCAGGAGAAUGAGAGGCCAAUAG